AUGGCGGCCCAGAUACCAGUAGCUGGUUGUCCCCGACAUCAAGGGAUGGGGUUUGUUUAUGUCUGUAAAUCGUGCGAAGACCAGUUACUUUGUAUGGAGUGUGUUACAGACAGUCACAACGGCCACACGCUGGGUAAACUUACUGAUUACGUGGCGGGUCAGAAACGGGAAAUACAGCAGUAUGCCGACAAGCUCUCCAAAAUCGAUAUUCCCAAAACCGAAGGAGAUAUUAAGGAAAGUGGACAGCAUGCCAAGAGUGGACGAUAUCAGAAAAUGAUUGAGGGAAUCAGACGUCAGGGAAAACAGAUGAAAGAUAACAUCGACAACGCCAUUGACAUACUACUGAGAAUGUGUACCGAGUUAGAGGAGCGCAAUGCAGAUAUUUCUGAGAAAAACAAAAUUGCAUUUACUAAGUAUCUGAGGGAGGACUUGAAACCAAAGCUGGACAGGUGCAAAGUAGUACUGACAUCCGGUACAACUGUUGACGUCACUGCAUUAGCGCGGGAAAUUAGAAACGGUGUAGCCACUAUCCCACCAAAUCUCAGUGAUUUGCAGAAAAUUGAAUUCAAACCCGGGACAAUCUCCACCGAACUCUUAGAACGCAUGCUUGGUAAGCUACUAGUCGAUGGAGUAGAUGAGUCGUACAAACCGAUUCCUAAAUGUGUGGUUUUGUACGAGUUUAAGGCGCCGUUUCCACACGAUACAUGUCAAACAUGUCUUACUGGUGACGAGGAAUGGUCAUCGCACUGGGACAGUAAAACUAUAUAUCGAGUGGAUUUGAAAGGCAUAGUCAAUGAGAGGAUAGAGUGUCAAGUCAAAGUCUCAUCGAUCUCCAUAUCCCCGACCACUGGGAGAGUGUGGUUCUGUGUGACGAGUGACCGAAGUAUCCGUGAAAUCAUGACGGGUGGCGAUAUUGUCACACGCUUUAAUGUAGACAACACACCAGGUUCUUUGUGUAUCACUAGUGACGACAUGGUAGUGGUGGGGAUGACUGGAGGAAUACAACUCUACACUACAGACGGACGGGCGGUGUCGGCAGCAGCGGGCGGUCCCUGUAAACAGGUAGCAGAUUGA